UUAAACAGGAUCUAGAGGGAGGGCCUUGUUAUGGGUGUUAUGGUUUACACUGACAAGAAAGCACUAGAAAAGCUAACACUGGACUGACGUCUUCUUGAGCUCUGUGCCAUCCAAACAUACAACAAAAUACAGCUGUAAAAGUGCUAGUUAUUUUUUUCCCUCUUAAAGGAGCAAAGCAGGAAGAAGCCCCUUUGUGUGCUCUUCUGGUAUCCCUUUAAAAGACUUGUGAAUCUUUUGAUUCCAGAACAAAAAUGGGCAAAAGGGGACCUAGGUAGAACCCCCAGUUUACUCAAUCCUUUGGGCAAAUUAUUUAGCAUCUCCAUAAGUGUAUUUGCUCUGCCUGUAAAACAGGGAUAACACCACAGCCAUGCAGAUUGAGUUCCUUGUAAACUGCUUUGGGUUGGGAGAGAGGCAUGAAAAGCUGCUUCCUGCUCCCCUGGAAGCCUGCAUACACUAGGCUUUAGACUCAGUGAAUUCGCAGCACCUUGACAAGCUGCUGCAUGUCCAGGAGUCAGGAGCUAUCUGGAGCUGCAUCUAUAGCCUGUGGCAAAUACAGGAGUUCUAAGGCCUGCAGACGUCACCAGGCGGUGAAGAGCAGAGAAGGCACCUGGCAGAAGAGCCCUGUGCUCCCUCUGUUAUUAUGGCAGGGGGAAGACGGGGCCCCAACCGGACGUCCUACUGCCGGAAUCCCCUCUGUGAUCCCGGUGCCGCUGGCAGCUCUGGCCACGCCACGAGUUCCUCUGUCACGGGCGUGCGCUCACGCACCAGGAGUGGUUCAGGCACAGGUCUUUCAAGCCCACCCUUGGCAACUCAGACAGUUGUCCCCCUCCGGCACUGUAAGAUCCCAGAGCUGCCUGUGGAGAGGAGUGUGUUGUUUGAGCUUCAGCUCUUCUUCUGUCAUCUCGUUGCUCUGUUUGUCCACUACAUCAACAUCUACAAAACGGUGUGGUGGUACCCACCCUCCCAUCCUCCUUCCCACACGUCACUGAACUUUCAUCUUAUCGACUUCAACGUGCUGACGGUGACAACGAUUGUCCUGGCACGCCGGCUGAUCAGUGCUAUUGUGAAGGAGGCCUCACAGAGUGGGAAAGUCUCCCUGCCACGUUCUGUUUUCCUGGUGGUCACUCGGUUUGCUGUUCUCACUGGCACAGGCUGGAGUUUGUGUCGAUCGAUAAUUCACCUCUUUAGAACCUACUCUUUCCUUAAUCUCCUGUUCCUGUGUUACCCGUUUGGCAUGUACAUUCCCUUCCUUCAGCUCAACUAUGACUUUCGGAAGACGGGGCUCUUCUCCCACGUGGCCAACAUCAGUCCUAGGGAGACCAGCGAGGUGACCUCCAGGAGCCGAGACUACCUGAGUGUCCUGAAGGAGACGUGGAAGCAGCACACGCGGCAGAUGUACGGCAUGGAGGCCAUGCCCACGCACGCCUGCUGCCUCUCUCCAGAUCUCAUCCGCAACGAGGUGGAAUACCUGAAAAUGGACUUUAACUGGCGGAUGAAGGAGGUGCUGGUGAGCUCCAUGCUCAGUGCCUACUAUGUGGCCUUUGUGCCAGUCUGGUUUGUGAAGAAUACUCAGUACUAUGACAAGCGCUGGUCAUGCGAGCUCUUCCUCCUGGUGUCCAUCAGCACAUCAGUGAUCCUGAUGCAGUACCUCCUACCUGCGCGCUACUGUGACCUGCUCCAUAAAGCUGCAGCGCACUUGGGCUGCUGGCAGAAGGUCGAUCCAGCCCUCUGCUCCAAUGUGCUGCAGCAUCAGUGGACAGAGGAGUGCAUGUGGCCCCAGGGAGUGUUGGUGAAACACAGCAAGAACGUAUACAAAGCUGUGGGUCAUUACAACGUGGCGGUGCCCUCGGACGUCUCGCACUUCCGCUUUCAUUUCUUUUUCAGCAACCCCCUGAGGAUCCUCAACAUCCUGAUUCUGCUGGAAGGAGCCGUCAUCUUCUACCAGCUUUACUCACUGAUUUCUUCAGAGAAGUGGCACCAGACCAUCUCGCUGGCUCUGAUCCUCUUCAGCAAUUACUACGCCUUCUUCAAGCUGUUGCGUGACCGUCUGGUGCUGGGCAAAGCCUACUCCUACUCUGCCAGCAGAGACUCAGAGCAGAAGUUAAGUUAAACCAAUUGCACUGGUGCUCAGCUGAUGACGAAAAACAAAACGAGAUCCUCAGAGCUUUGUAUUUUUGUUACCACUGCUUUUUUUUCUUUGAUAACUGAUGUAAUUAAAAGGAAAAAAAACAUAUUUUUUUACUCCCAA